CAUAGAUUUUCGGGGAGAGUCGGCGGGUAGUCGGCGGCGCCGCCGGAGAGGAGCGGCUUCGGAAGGCCGUGACGUCACUCGCGGCACACCGAUCCCAGCAUGCUCAGUACACUGUGCAUGUCCGCCAUACUGUGCCAGUGGCUGGCGAGACGGUCACGGAGUUGGCCUGCUGGGUCGCUACGAAGUUUUUGUUUUACGGCCUAAUGCAGUGCUCGCCCUACGAAAUUAAGGAUAAGUUGUUGAAAGCAUUAGACGAGGACAACAAUGUGGUCGACAUGGCUGCUGUCGUCGAGGUCAUCGGCUUGUUGGAGCGUACGCCCAUCACCAAGGAUACGCUGGAGCGCACACGCCUUGGGAAGUACAUCAACGAGCUGCGCAAGCGCACAAGCAAUGACUCCCUGGCCCGGCGGGCAAAGGAGCUGGUGAAAAGCUGGCGACGCCUGUUGCCCUGUGACCCACAGCAGCAGACUCCCAAUGGUGGGGGCCCGCCGGUUGUGGUUGUGGGGCCGGGUCGUAGUCCAAGCUGUUCAAGUGUCUCCAACAGCCCCGUGCCACCUUCGCUCCUGGCAGCCGCCGCAGCUGUGACCACGGCAGGCGCAGGCCCUGGCCUUGGGCCUCGGCGCAACGGUGGCUUCAAGCCCGUCAGUCCCGCAUGCUGCCCGUCGGCACCGUGCUCCCCGGGCUCGCCGCUUGCCCACCCGCACCCACGCAGCCCACCACCCUUGGAGCCUGUCGCCAAGAACAAUGUAGCCAACAAACGACUCAGGAAAUCUACCACCUCCGCGGAUGGACCGACAGAUAGUGCGAAGAAAGCAGCCUGGUCUCCGCCCAACGGUGUGCAUCCGUGGGACCCCAUCCCAAGUGGCAACUCUGCCUUCGAAAGCGUGCGCAACCGUGUCGCUGCCACCACCACCAGCACCACAUCUCCGCGGCUGCCCAAGGUCAAGACGACGCAGCAGCUGAUAGCUGACCUGAAAGCCAAGAGUGGGCUCAGCCUGGAUGGCAACACGGCCGCCGCCGCCGCAGUUGCAGCUGCCGCCGCAUCAGCCACACCUCCGCCCCCAUCCUCACGACCGAAGCGGUCUGGAAACUACAGCCUCCUGGGCACGGACGACGAGACGAGCCGCACCAAGUCAGAGUUGAUGGACCGCUUCCUAAAGUCAUCGGUCCCCAACGGACCAUCCUCUUCCUCACCCACGACUACCACCACCACUGCCAAGGGUGGAGCGCCAGGCGAGGUGGCGGCCAUCUUGAGUGCCCUGCCCGAGAUCGGGCCAGAAGUUGAGCUCGAAGAGGAGGAAGUCCCCGUAGUACCACUCGAAGUGACGCCCGAGGUUGAGGAACGCUUUGCGACACAGCAAUGGGAGUUCGUCAACGGAGUGUAUGACCACGAGGGCCAGUGGCGGGGUUGGCAUGAAGUGACCGCGGGGCGCUCUUACGGGGGGGACCUUCUUCACAUGUUGCCUUAUGUAAAUAUAGACUGGUGACCCAGGGGUCGUCGCAUAACGGGGGGAGCGAAUAUGGGGAGGCACAUUCUUUUUGGCCUGUGAUCUACGUGGUGGGUGCGCGCGUGGUGCGUGUGCAUUGCCUCCCCCUCCCCCUUUUUUUAGUCAUGAACUGUGCACGUGGACAUGUGCUGCCGUCACCACCAAGAGGCGUUGGGAGUAAGGGGGGGGUUGCAUAAAGCUGCUUUCCAUUUUUUUUUUAUUAUUAUUAUUUGUGUUGCCCUCUCUGGGAUAUAGACUAAGUUACUGUUAAAUGUAAAAGGAAAAAAAAAAGUUAUUCAAUGUCACAAUUCCAUUAAUAUAUUGGAUAUAAAGCUUGCCAGCGGAGAAUCGUUGGUAUGUGCUUCUUUUUUUUUUGUGUGUGCAUGCAUGGCCUGCUGCUGCUGUGUUGAUCCCUCUCCUAAGCAGGUGUGUCGACUCAUCAUCAUCAUGCUUUGUGAAAUUUAGUGCCUGCCACUGCUUUCAGUUUUCCCUCAGGCAUAUGUUUUGGUGUAGAAAGAAAAAAAAAAUAUUGUGCACAGGUUGUAUGUGGUUGCCAAGUGCCAUUAAGCAGCAGUGCCAUUGGGGUUUGUGCGUUGGCCCUGCGGCCUCUUCUGGUCCCAGGGAGGAGAGAGCGUUUGGGGGAAGGGGGACUUGUGUGUUGUGUAUGUUGGGGAGACUUUUCGUGUUGGGCCGGUGGGGGCCGUUUGCCUGUUGGGGCCCCGCUGCCAGCUUCGACCAUCAAGAAAGCCGUGCGUUGCCAGCAUCACACCAUCAAAAACGCCAGGGGAACAAGUGCCUCGCGAUCGGCUCUUGACCUUGCCGGCAUGUGUGCUUGGUUGCAAGGUGCAAAGGGAGUCUGUGCAAACACUCGUCGGGACUGCUUUUUUUGCGUGGCAGUGCGUUUUGUAGUUAUUCCUGUCGGAAGGGAAAGUGUGGAUAGCCUGGGGGCUAAAACCAGGCACAAGUCUUUUUUUUUUUUUUUUCCUAGGAAAUAAAACUGCCAUGUGUGCACAUGGUCAUGUUUCCGUA